AUGAGCCAGGCACCGCUAUUAUCGAAAACCGCUCCCAGGAGAAGUCCUCCUCCUAUACCUCUUGGUAUCCAACACUGCCGUCAGCUCAGUGUUGAUACGGAAGCCAGAGAAGCAGAGCUACCGAUUUUCUAUGUCAGCAAGGCACUUCAGAGCGCAGAGCUUCGGUACCCACCCUUAAAGCAGCUAGCACUGGCCCUGGUCGUCUCGGCGCGAAGGCUUCGCCCAUACUUCCAGGCGCACGAGAUCACUGUACUCCAAAAGCCAGAAACGUCGGGCCGAUUGGUCAAAUGGGCAAUCGAGUUGGGAGAAUUUGACAUACAGUUCAAGCCGAGGCCUGCAGAAAAAGGUCAGGCCGUCGCCGACUUCAUCUCCGAGCUCACACCUCCUGCACUAUCGGAACCAUCAUCACCGAACGCUAUCCUUACUGCACCGGAGAAAAUGGAUACCGAACGUUUCGACACUUCCGUUCCUCUCUGGAUUCUGCACGUGGACGGCUCGGCAAACCAGCAAGGCUGUGGUGCCGGCUUAGUGUUAACCACUCCGGACGGUAGCAAAGUCGAGUAUGCCCUCCGAUUCAACUUCCGGACCUCCAAUAACGAGGCAGAGUAUGAGGCUCUCUUGGCCGGCCUUCGGCUAGCCAAGAGCAUGAGCGCGAGGCAGAUCAGCAUUCACAGUGACUCCCAGCUCAUAGUGAAUCAGAUAACGGCAGACUUCGCAGCGAAGGAUGCCUCUAUGUCAGCCUACCUAUCGGCAGCUCACCAACUACUACAAAAAUUUCAGGCCUACGAGAUACGGCAGAUCCCCAGGUCAGAAAACAGCCACGCCGAUGCGCUCUCACGUUUGGCUUCGGCAAUAAAUGACAAGAUCGGAAGGAAGGUACCGGUGGAGAUAUUAUCCCAACCAAGCACGACAGCCGCUGAGGUGUGUACCGUUCGGUACGAGGGACACAUGGAUGUCUCCAAUCUAUGCCUUCCUGACAACCGGAACCCUUCCUACCGAUAA